AUGGACUAUCGGUGGGGUAGGGGCCCAAGAGGCCAGUACGUUGAUGGCCACGAACGCAAGGACGUUGUCACGUACCACCAGACCGUGUUCCUUCCCACACUCGCCAGAAAUGACGACCGCAUCCGGACAUACGACACGAAUGGUGACGAAAUUCCAUACUCGGGUCCCCGGCCAAUGAAGCAUCGCUUGGUGAUCUGGUUCCACGACAAGAGCACGUUCUACGCAAAUGAUCAACGACGUGUGUACUGGGUCCACAAGGACGAGAAGGCUGUCCCGGAGCCAAAGGGGGAAGGACCAUCAUUGAUGGUUGUGGAUUUUGUAUCAGCGGACCAUGGCUGGCUCGGAACUCCCGAUGCAGAGGAGUCAGCACUAGUCUACUUCAAGGCUGGAAAAGAUCAGGAUGGAUACUUCACAAACAAGGAGAUUGUGGCACAGUUGGAGAAGGCCAUGGAUCUUGUCAAGAAGAUGCCGAAAGGACCGAGCCCAUCGUGUCCAGACACGCAGUGGUUUGGUGUCGAUGUCAAGGUUAAAGACGCUGAUGGGAGGCUGGUGUACGGUCCGGAUGGCAAGCCACUGAAACACCGUGUCAAGAUGGGCAAUGCAAAAUUUGCGGAUGGUUCAACACAAUACCUGUAUUACCCCGACACCUUCCCCGAACAUCCAGAGCUCGCAGGAAAGUUCAAAGGGAUGGCACAGCUGCUGAUCGAGCGGCAUCCGGACCAGCGGGCCAAGAUCAAGGGCCUGAGAAUGGAAUGCUCGAAAUUCAAAUGCCCAAAUGCAUGUUGUUUUCGGAGAAGGACUUUGCAGAUGUCCAGUCUGUUGUUGUGGAUGCAGGCGAAGCACACAGCUUUCCAGUCCUGUUCCUGCCGAAAUUUCAUCCAGAACUGA